UUCUAAAAUAUGGCAGUUUCUCGAUUUUUUAUUUAUUUUUUUUUAUUUUAUCUUUUAACCAAGUAAAUGCCUUUUAUCAACCCGUCAGAUAUUCUUCAAUAUUUUUCAAAAAGAGAAACGAUGUUUGAGACGUCAGGUUCAUAUGUACUAGUUAAACGGUUUCGACGCGAAAAUGCUGAAAACUCUUUAGCUUUAGUCAGUGAACCAAAAGAAAAAGUCAGCAAUGUUAAAAGCCAAUCUCCUCAGCGUCCCAAGAAACCUGAAAAGGAAAGCAAGAAAGAACCAAUAAAGAAACAAGAUGUGCGACCACAUGAUAAACCAGUCAAUGAUGCUCUAUUUACGGCGGGACGGAUAUAUUGGUUGCGAACAAUAUUGUACUAUAUAGUAUUUUACGCGGGACUAAUCAUUUUGUUUUACAUUUGCUUUGCGAUAUAUGAACAAACAUUACCAGUGGACGCUCCGCGAGUUUCGAAACUCCAGCCUUCAUUAGUUUACCACCCCAACUUUGAAUCGUAUUUCCUUAACCGUAUAUCUUGGAAUGCGUUUAAAGCAAAGGACAUCAAAUUGAUUGUUAACAAUAUAAAUGAUUUUCUGGAAAAAUUUGGCACGCGUCGUGAAUUCGGUAAAUGCCGAGCGAAUAAUUCUUAUGGUUACAAGGGUCGCAACCCAUGUGUAUUCCUGACAGUUAAUCGUAUCACUGGCUUCCAAGUUGAUCCCAUUGAAGAUGCUAGAGAAUUGCAAAGAAAGGAACGCGUUUUAAAAAAAAUCAUUAACAAUCUUCCUCCACAUAAACGUAAGGGACGUCUAUGGAUAUCAUGUAAAUCGAAUUCUUUGGUAAACAUCGAAUAUUUUCCACAAUCGCGAUCAAUACCCAUAGAUCAAAUAAACACCAAAUCAUCAAUGGAUGAGACUAAGCGUAAUGGUUCCUCUUACUCUGAGAGUGAUUAUGAGCGAAUUGUAACGAUACAAAUUCAAAAUGUACCGCAUGACAAGCUUUUCAACGUAUAUUGCAGGAUGUUUGCGAAAAAUAUUGAGAAUGAUGAUAACGAAAGACCUUGGAUAGGUGGUGUUAGCUUCGACAUGAUUUUUUUAACAGACUAGUAUUCAAUAUCAAAUGAAAGCACAAAGAGUAGGGAUAUUAAUUGCAUUUAAUUUGUUUUUGUAGAAUUUUCUAUGUGUGGACACAUAACCUUACAGAUGUUUGGCUGGGAUUGUUAAAACGACUCUAGGGUUAGAAACAACAAUUGAUUUGGCGACAAUUGGUAUGGAUCAUACCUAAUGAUCCUUUUUUUUUACGCAUAACACAAAAUAUGGUCACAUUUUUCAGAUUACCAUAAUAGUUUUUUUUUAUUUUUAUUAAUUAACAAAUUAUUUGCUAUUAUGAUAUUAUGUUUUAUUUAGUUUUAAAUCAUAUAUAAUUUUAUUAAUAUGAUUAAGUAAAUUACUAAUAUAACUAAACGAAGUUUUGAAACAUUUAUAAACUUUUUUCAAAAUUUUACUUUUGGGAAGCAUAUUUAAAA